AUUUCACACCGUGUUAAGAUCUAAGACAUGUUGCUCAUGUCAAAUGACAAAGCACCACAACCUCUUCUGGGUCACUCUCACAAUGAAGCUGCAGCCCCUGGUUGAGCUUAGUCUCAUUUUGAUCCUGGCCUCUUAUGCAAAAGGUGAAGGCUGGACAGUUAAUGUCACCAAAACAAUUCAUGCAAAAUUGGGUGAUAAUGUGACCAUACCAUGUACGUUUACAUAUCCGAAAAAGAACCACACAAAAGAGCCUGAGCUUUACUGGAAAUUGCGUAGGAUAAGUAACUAUGACAAGUACGACAAGCAGAACAAUUCCAUAUACCUUUAUCACCCAAAUGAAAUACAUGUGGAAGAGACGUACAGAGGAAGGACCAAGCUCAUUGGAAACAGCAGUAAUGGAAACUGCUCCCUCAAGAUCUUCAACAUCACGGAUAAUGAGCCAGAGAUCUAUUUAAGAAUUAUUGCACAUGACAAGUAUAGUUUCAUAAAGAACCCUGUCUCCAUUAAUGUGUCUGGUGCUACACCAGUCACCUUUAACCCAGAGACCACACCCGAACUGACUUCAGGACCAAUGUAUGCCGCCAUCUUUGUAUCAGCUGCUGCAGCUCUGAUCAUUAUUUUUGUCAUUGGAUUUUUUUUAUCCAGGCACAAAAGAGAACAAUCUUUAACCAGGGAGGAUUCUGGAUAUUAUGCAAAUUUUAGCAGAGCGUCGUCAAACCAGGCCACAAGAAAAGAAUUGUGCAAAAAACAAGACAACAAAGAACUACCUGACCUGAAGACAUUCGAUGACCCUGUCUACAUCAACAUGGAGGCCCCAGCAGGUCAGAUGGACCAACAUGUGGAUCAAAGUGUGGAUCAUACAGACAAUAUAUAUGCAAAUAUGGAUUAUCAUAAAUAGUUGAAAAGCUGCAUCUCACAACUCUAUUUGGACUUUAUUUUAAAUGCUAUCUUUGUAUUCUGCAAUGUUUUGUGUACAUGUGUGUGAACAUGUGUUGUGUGUAGUAGAAUGCAUAAUGUCAGGAUUCUCUUAUCAUGAGGAAAAAAGGAUGCACAGUUUCCUUUACCUGAUUUCAUCAAAGAAAGACUACAUACCACUGCGAAACAAAGACCAGCUAGGUUAGAAUGAUUACUUAUUUACCGACUCAUGGAUGCAGGAUUUGUGAGAUGAGAGCCAGAAAUAGUUGUGGAUUUAUAAAACAUGAGCAUUGUUUGCUUCAUAAUGUGUUUUAGAGUUUUUGGUGUUUCAGAGAAAAAAUCAUGUCUGUUAUCUUUUUUUUUUUUUUAAUGAGGAAGUAACGUACUGUGUAUCACAGCUGAGCUAACAAUGGUGGUCUCAGUCACCAGUGCGGGGAGCACCACUGCUAAAAGCUACUGAUUCAGUACAAUCAGUUCAGUUUGAUGGUUCAGUGUUAGAUAUUUGUUUGUACAUAUUUACUCAACACAUAUUGUCAAGAAUAAACAUGUCUUGUCUGGCAAUAAGGUUUGCAGCUCAGCCAGCUUACCUGCUUCUACUGCUGCUACAUCAAACUCUAGCAGAUGCAGCCGGUGAGCAUUUACAAUGUCAUAAACAACUAAAAUAAUAGUACACAACUCGUAAAAAAUAGAAUUAGAAUAAGAAUUUGUAACAUUUCCAAACAUGAUAUUAUAUUCUCAGGUUGUUUUUCAGAGUUGUUUUUUUUUAUUAUCGUAUAUUGCAGUUCAGUGAGCACUGAGGCUGCUCAACUUAGUGCUGUGUUGUGCCACUGCAGGACACAGGAAAUGAUACCAAGCAUUUAGCACAUCCAUUGCGCAAGGUGUUUGUAACAACUGAACUGGAGUUCUGUUUUCUGUAGAUUUUUUUCAUGUAAUCUUAAAAAGACAGUCAAAAGCAUGGGAGAGGUUAAAAGCUGUAUAACUUUACUUGACACAUUUCACAUUUGGUGAUGUUAUAAACUGUGAAUUUCUUUUUCUAGUCUUGCUUAAUACGUUUGCCAAUUCACUUCCUGUGUCAUCUGUAUUGGAGCAGAAACUUCUGUUUUAUUUUCUGAUUUGAUCUCUUAUGCAGAGAGUAAAAGAUUAUUUGUAAUGUGACAUUUAAUUGAAGGACUGUGCCAAGAAUAAAGUGUUACUCCUUGUCUUCA